UGUAGUCGAAGGUUUUGCGUGUCUCUCAAUCUAUGGUCAGGGCUUUCUGGGGAGAAAGUUCAGUUUGCAUAGAAAAGGUUAUUUUCUAACAGAACAAGAGGAGUGUCUGUCGCUAUGCAGAGUUCAGAUCAUAAGGACGACAACAGUAACUUGAAAAGCGAGAGCAUGGGCAAGGACACUGAUGCCAAGAGUGAGCAACCAGCUGACUUCAGCACGGAGAUCAUGAGUGUCACGGAGAUGGAGCAGUCCCCUGACAACUCUCCUGGCGACAAUACUCUGGAAGAAACUACCCAGGACAGUGAAAUGGCAGACAAUGAAGCUGCAAAGACUGGGGACCCUGAACCUUCAUUCCCUCCCGAGUUUGAAAAAUUCUGGAAGGUGGUUGAAACUAAUCCACAAGAUUUCACAGGCUGGGUUUAUCUCCUGCAGUAUGUAGAACAAGAGAACCAUUUACUUGCUGCCAGAAAAGCCUUUGACAGCUUUUUUGCACACUACCCAUAUUGCUACGGCUAUUGGAAAAAAUAUGCAGACCUUGAGAAGCGGCACAGCAACAUGAAGCAGUCGGACGAGGUAUAUCGAAGGGGACUCCAGGCAAUACCUCUUAGUGUUGAUCUCUGGAUCCAUUACAUAAACUUCCUCAAAGAGACGCUAGAUCCCAGUGACCCUGAAACUGUUGGGACCAUUAGAGGGACCUAUGAACAUGCAGUCUUAGCUGCAGGGACAGAUUUCCGCUCUGACAAACUCUGGGAAAUGUAUAUAAACUGGGAAAAUGAACAGGCUAACCUGAGAGCAGUGACUGCUGUAUUUGACCGCAUUCUUGGGAUUCCCACCCAGCUUUACAGCCAUCAUUUCCAAAGGUUCAAAGAGCAUGUCCAGAAUAACCUGCCCCGGGACCUUCUUACUACUGAACAGUUUAUCCAACUGCGCAGAGAACUCGCUUCUUCUAAUAGCCAUAAUGGGGAGGAUGCCCCCCCUGGAGAUGACCUCCCUUCUGGAACUGAAGAUAUAACUGACCCUGCUAAGCUAAUAACUGAAAUAGAAAACAUGCGGCACAGGAUCAUUGAGAUUCAUCAAGAAAUGUUCAAUCACAAUGAGCAUGAAGUCAGCAAGAGGUGGACCUUUGAGGAAGGGAUAAAACGACCUUAUUUUCACGUUAAACCUCUGGAGAAAACUCAGCUGAAGAACUGGAAGGAGUACUUGGACUUUGAGAUUGAAAAUGGGACUCAUGAGCGAGUGGUGGUCCUCUUUGAGCGCUGUGUGAUCUCCUGUGCCCUCUAUGAGGAGUUUUGGAUCAAGUAUGCCAAGUAUAUGGAGAACCACAGCAUUGAAGGAGUGAGGCAUGUCUACAGCCGGGCCUGCGCGAUACACCUCUCCAAGAAGCCGAUGGUGCACUUGCUCUGGGCAGCCUUUGAAGAACAGCAAGGGAAUAUCAAUGAAGCCAGAAGAAUUCUGAAGACCUUUGAGGAGAACGUUUCAGGCCUGGCCAUGAUCCGCCUGCGGAGAGUGAGCUUGGAGCGGAGGCAUGGGAACAUGGAGGAGGCUGAGCACCUGCUCCAGGAAGCUGUGAAGAACGCCAAGUCCAGCUACGAAGCCUCCUUCUUCGCGGUCAAGCUCGCUCGACACCUUUUCAAAAUCCAGAAGAACCUCCCACAAGCCAGGAAAGUUAUUCUGGAGGCCAUCGACAGAGACAGGGAUAACCCCAAACUGUAUCUCAACUUGCUGGAAAUAGAGUACAAUGGAGACCUAAAACAAAAUGAAGAGAACAUCAUUGCGUGUUUUGACAAAGCGAUCAGUGGCACGUUGGCUAUAAAAAUGAGGAUUAUAUUUUCUCAGCGAAAGGUGGAAUUCCUUGAAGAUUUUGGUCUGGAUGUGAACAAGCUUAUGGAUGCCUAUGAAGAGCAUCAAUCCCUUCUGAAGGAGCAAGAGUCUUUGAAAAGGAAAGCAGAAAAUGGCUGUGAAGAGCCAGAUGAGAAGCGAGCGCAGGGUGACGAGGCAGCUCUGGCAUCUGGGCAAAUGGCGGACGGAGACAUGCAAGCGAACCAGGCUGCCUACAAUUACAACGCUUGGUACCAGUACAACUACCCAAAUGCAUGGAAUUACGGACAAUACUAUCAGACCUCUUCAACCUGAGCAGAAGAACAAUUUGAGCAGAAAUGGGGUGUGAAAGUGUUUUUGGUUUUAUAUAUAUAUAUAUAUAAAUUGGGAUGUGAACAGACCGUCACACAAUCCUUUUGUGUUUUCUGCAUGUGCGGUGAACUGAUGUCCACAGGGUUCUUGUGACAAAUUCUGGUAUUAAUUGGUAUCUUGCUGUAUACAUAGUUUAUCAGGAUUUUGGCUUUCCUGUUACAAAAAAAAAUCCAAGAAAUUGCAUAGAUAAGUCCAUAACAUCAAUUGAAUGCUGGCCAAAGUCAGCUCUUGGCAAUGAUCUGAAGGCGGCUAGAACAGGUUCGCGCCACUCCAGGAAAUAAUGCUCCAUGUGAGUUUCCUGCUCCUGUCCCUGAAUAAGUUUCAAAUCUACACCCUCAUCCAGGUCUGUUUUGGCGUUGAGUUUACAGUUACAGCAUCCAAGAAAAGAGAUUUUUAUAUAUAUAUAUAUAUAUAU